AUGGACACAGUUUUCUGCCAGUUUUUAUGCAGUGACCAGUCAGCAUCCAGUUGCAGUGGCUUCUUGGAACCUCCCAGUGCAGCAUCCGAUUCUGGCUACUACAGCGCCUGCAGCAGCCUGUCCCCUGCCUCGUCCGUAGACUCGGGCUGCUUUUCUCCCUCACCGCUCCUCUGGGGAGCAGCACAGGAGGCCGCAGACCUCCAGGGAGCCGCAGAAAGGAAGCCAGUGCCUCCGGCUCAGGAGAAGAGGAAGUCCAGGUCGAAGUAUCCAGGGAGAAAACGGCAGAGCGCCAGUGAAAGGGAGAAGCUGAGGAUGAGGGACCUGACCAAGGCGCUGCACCACCUCCGGACCUACCUGCCCCCCUCUGAGGCCCCCGCCGGACAGACCCUGACCAAAAUCGAGACCCUGCGUCUCGCCAUCCGCUAUAUCAACCACCUGUCGGGCCAGCUGGGUCACACGGAAAACACCCAGUUCCAUCCGACGGAAAAUAAUACCUUACUGGGCUCACCCGAGUUCCAGGACUGCUACCAGUACAGCUCCAUACCAAGACAGUGGGAGCCAGAGCAGAUGCUGGGAAUCUCCCAGUUCAGUGACUCACGCUACCAGGCAGGACCCUCAAGCCAGAACAGCCCUCAGCAGAUGGACGGCCACAUGCUGAUGGGAGAAGCUUGCUUUGAUCAGGUAUGA